AUGCAGUCUUUCAAUUUUGGCCUCAGACAGUCUUCUGCUGAGACGGCCGAUAGCAGUCGCAGUCGCUAUAUCGCCAGUUCCGUCUACAGUGGUCCGGGGCCGGUCGAUGAUUCCCCCGCCAUUGGCCAUCCUCCGAGCUUUAUGUCGGGAGCAUUGCGAGGGCCAUUUGAGGAACAACAGACGCCUCGUUCUGCGCCGCCCCGCCAAAACGUCCUCCGAAACUCGACCCUGCUGAACAUCAACGAUCCUGUGGCAAUGCAUUUGUUGACGGAAACUGCGAUCAGUGAUAGUAGAGACUUCGAAGUACUAUCAUUUGAAGAAGUGGAACAAUUGAAAAAGGAAAGACAUUUUUUGAAAGGCAGAAUUGAAACAACGAGACGAAAACUGGCUCUUGAAAGCAAGCUGCGGGAUGCCGCGCAAUCUCUCAAUCGGCUUUAUUCUACUCAGGAGCAUCAUGAUGCCGAAGGGAAUUCACCAAAGAAGUCGCGACGCAGUUUUCUAGGGACCAAGUCUGCGGGUGGUGAAGCUAUCAACCGCGCCGACAACGAAUAUGCCGCCAGUAAUAAAAAGGUGGAAGAGCUCUCUCUUGAACUGUCAAAACUGGAAAAGGAGCUGGAGCUCACGGAAAAACGUAUUUUGGAACAUACCGCUGGCAUUCUUCAGAUGACACACAGAGGGUUGAAGAAAAAUAUUCGAAGGACCGAAUUACCUCGAAGCCCUGAGAGCAUGACUAGCCAGCCUAACGGGCGUGGCUCAGGAACGGAUAGUCUGGAUGAGUUUGAUGAACGAAGUCUCUACCAGGUUCCCGACUACGUGACUGAAUUUGGACAAGUCCCCCGGUCAAUCAACAAGAGCAGGGCUUCUAACAGAGAGACAAACGCAAUUGAAGAUGUUGCGGCCCGUUUGCAGGAAGUCAAUCGUCGACUCUAUUUGAUGAUCACCGAAGCUGGAUCUCAAGAACAUUUUGACCCCCCUCCUCAACCGACGGAUAAUGACAUAGUGGGAAGAGUUGGCGCUCAAAUCCAAGCAUACCUGGGCUAUUUGUCCCAAGGUCUGGAUGCGAUGGAAGUCGCGCGAACCCGAACCAAUGCAGCUAUCCAAAAAUCGAUUUUCGACUCCGAAGAUCAGCUCGAGGAUGUCAAUAUCCGCCUCCAUGACAUGUUGGAGAGGACCAAUUCGGUCAGUCACAGCCCCUUAUUGCAACAAGACGAACCACGGGGAAGGGAUUUGCAAUCUCAACUAGCCUUCUCUUCCGUCGUCCUCGAACGUUUGAAUCAGCGUGUCGAGACGUUGGUCGAACAAAAAGAUAUCCUGACUCGACAGAUUCAACAACAACGAGAACUCAAUGGCAAGUCCGACGCUCAACGCGACGCCCGAAUCCAUGAAUUGACGGAUCAGUUGGAGGAAUCAAAACGACUUCAAGCCUUGGGCGAGGAAGAAGCUCAGCAUUCUCGUGACCAAAUCAAUCUCCUAAUGGAGCAGUUGGAUCUUGCCAAACAAGAAACUGUGCUCGUUGAACAACAGCGAGGUGCGAGUGAUCACAAGGCCAUUGAAGUCGAGCGAGCUGCACGCAAAGAGAUGGAAGAGAAAUUUUUGGCCGAAUUUCAAGCCAAACAAGAAGAACACGGUCGGGUGCAAUCCGAAAUGAAUCAGCAAGUCGUUGGCCUCGAGGCCGCCAAAGCUGAAGCGGAAUCCGAACUCUCGAAGGUCCGUGCGGAAAUGAAGGAUCUCGAAUCACAGGUGGUUCAAGCACAAACGGAACUGACCAUGGUCAAAGCAGAAUUGGAUGGCGCUUAUGGUACACGUGCUCAACGAGCAGCCGAUGUGUCUAUGAAUCCGGCCAUCCAAAAGGAAAUGGAUGAUCUGAACACCCGCAAUAGAGAUCUUGAAACUCAACUUGAGUUUCUCAAAACCCAACACGAAACCAAAGGGGCGGGCAGUGCCGAACUUCAAAACAAGGUCAACGCGUUACAGAAAGAACUCAAGGAGACGAUUGAAGAAUACGAAGUCAUGACGAAGCAGAGUAUUGAUGAUGAAAAGGAGCGAGAACGUUUGGAAGAAAUGAUCGACACCCUCCAACAACGAUGUGAGGGAUUAGAAUCCCAGUUGAGCGAAGAAAAGGUCAAAUGGCUCGGUGUCAAGGCCGGAUCACCUGCCGAAACCACUUCGACGAUGGUCUUGAAGAAUGAGUUUAAGAAAAUGAUGCGGGAGACUCGGGCUGAAAAUCUCAAGAUUCUCAAGGCUGAACAAGCAGAGAGGCGCCGAUUAGAAGGCAUCAUCAAAAACUUGAAGAAAGACCAACAAAGUCAAUCUCAAAAGGAGAUGCCCUCCACACCAAACGGGCCGAUAGAUGCUCGCUGA